AUGGAUCUAACUUCGCCUGCCUUUUUUCGCUUUUCUGAUCUAUUGCGAAACUCUCAUGCGCAGGCCAGAUCAAACGAGAAAAAAGGAAAAGGGAAAGUUGUAGAGGUUGACUUUGCCGCUAACUUGUUGGAGAAUGUCCGGAAGGCGGAGGAGGAAUUCCAGUUCAAUUUGAUACAAUUCCAGCAACUUCUUCAGCAAGCCCAGAAUAUUAAUAAUCAAUUAUCAACGGACGAAAGCUUGGGAGAUAGCGAAUACGGAUCGGAUCUUUUUUAUAAUGAUCUUCCAACCUCAUACUACUAUGAAGACUUUUCUGAUAGUAGCUCAGACAUUCCCGAAGGAUUUCCGGAUGUUGAUUCAGACGAAGAAGUUCAAGCGAAGCUUGUUGAUCUCCUUGGGUUUGAAAACUUUGAUUUUGUUACAACGCUCGUGACCAAACGAUUGGAAAUUGUUGAAACUAUUAAGAAUCAAUCGAACUUCCGAGAAGAUCGAAAAGAUACCCCGGAGGAACCGGUUUCUCAUAAUCAGCCAUUUCCGGUUCGUCCUUCGUAUGGCUCGCAAGUAACUAUACAAUUGGAAAGCGAGGUUAAAGAACAAAAGCGGAUAAAAAAAGAACAGAGGAAGAAUAUGAAAAAACGAAAUGCUGAGGGCGAAGACACGAUUUCGGCGAAUAUCUUGGGUCUCAACGAUGAGCUACGUUUGGCACGGGAACACCAGUUACAGACCGCGAGAGAUUCACCAUUGCUCCCGCAGCAAGAUUACGAAGAAAUAACUGUACCCAUGACAAAGCGAGCCAAUAAUUUGCACAAUGAAAAGGUUGUCAAUUUAAGUGAAAUGGAUAAUCUUUGCAGAGGUACUUUCAAGGAAUAUAAAUCGCUCAACCGAGUGCAAUCAAUUGUCUAUCCUGUCGUCUAUCAAAAAGAUGAGAAUAUGUUGAUCUGUGCUCCUACGGGAUCGGGCAAAACGGAAAUCGCGACACUCGCAAUUCUUCGUAUGCUGUCACGGUAUUGCGACCCCACGCCUUCAUUCAGUUCGGACUUGCAAAGAUUCAGAAUUAGAAAGAGUGAGUUUAAAAUAGUAUACAUUGCACCUAUGAAAGCUCUCGCGGCAGAAAUAGUUAAGAAAUUCGACGAAAGACUAGGAUGGCUGGGAAUUCAGGUUAAAGAAUUAACUGGUGACAUGCAGUUAACAAAAGCUGAAAUUACCAAUACGCAAAUCCUUGUGACUACUCCUGAAAAAUGGGACGUGGUGACUCGAAAGAGUACGGGAGAUGUUGAGAUGGUGCAGAAAGUUAAAUUGCUCAUCAUUGACGAAGUUCAUUUACUGCACGAUGAUCGGGGAGCUGUACUUGAAAGUUUGGUUGCCCGAACGCGUCGACAGGUCGAAACUAGUCAAUCGGUAAUCCGAAUUGUGGGACUUUCUGCCACCUUACCAAAUUAUGUUGAUGUGGCUCGAUUUCUGGGUGUGGAUCUUAAUAAUGGUGCCGAAGGGUUAUUCUAUUUCGGUGACGGUUUUAGACCAGUACCACUGGAACAGCAUUAUGUCGGCAUCAAGGGAAAGCCCGGAACGUUAAUAUUUAAUAAUAAACUCAACCAGACUUGCUGGGAUAAGGUUUUGAAACAUGUAAAGGAGGGACACCAGGUAAUGGUAUUUGUUCAUGCUCGUAAAGAAACUGUCAAGACGGCACAAACUUUUCGCGAAUUUGUUCUGAGUGAAGGGCACGAGGAGUUGUUUGACGUCUCCACGCAUUCUCGCUAUGAAUUGGUGAAAGCAAGCGUCAUGAAAUCACGAAAUAAGGAAUUAAGAGAGCUUUUUACACAUUCCUUUGGAAUCCAUCAUGCGGGAAUGCUGAGAUCCGAUAGAUCGAUGACUGAAAACUUAUUCAAAGUUGGCCUGAUUAAGGUCUUGUGUUGCACUUCCACGUUAGCCUGGGGCGUUAAUUUACCAGCUCAUGCUGUCAUCAUUAAAGGCACGCAAGUAUAUGAUGCACAAAAAGGGAAUUUCGUUGAUCUAUCGCUUCUGGAUGUGAUGCAGAUAUUUGGUAGAGCGGGUCGUCCACAGUAUGAAAGUCAUGGUAUUGGUUAUAUUAUGACCGCUAUCGAUAAAUUGCCUCAUUACGUGUCAAUGAUGACUCAACAGCAUCCUAUAGAAUCCAAGUUCACCGAAAGAAUAGAGGAUAAUUUAAAUGCUGAAAUUUCGUUGGGCACCGUGUCCAACGUUGAUGAAGGUGUCAGGUGGUUGGGGUACACAUAUUUAUUUGUGCGUAUGAGAAAAAAUCCUCUGGUCUAUGGCAUGAAGCAUGACGAACCUCUUGAUGACCCGGAACUCCAUGGCCGACGUAGGGAGCUCAUAAUAAUCGCGGCUAAGAAGCUUAAAAUGAAUAAUAUGAUUACUUUUGAAGAUGAAUAUUAUUUUG